AUGACAUGCGAAAUAAGUGGGAAAUAUAGACCUUCUCUCCAAAAUUUUAAACGAGAUGACAUCUGUUCAAGAAAAUGUGAGUGUCUCAUUAAGUUGUGUGCUUAUAUGUUGGCAAAUAAGAAAUGGAGAUUUAAUGUCAUAUGUUGUUUACAUAACCCUGACUUCUAUGAAAAGUUAACUGAUCAUCCAAUUGCGUGUCGCCUUAUACUGGAAGAGAAGGAUUUCAUUUCAGACAUGCCAUUGAAUUUGAUUCAACCGAAAAACAUACUUGCAAGUUUGAAACAUCAAAGACCCGAAAUUGUUUCAAAUAUCAACCAAGUGUACAAUAUUAGGUACCGAACAUACGAGGAUGGAGUAACGAUUAGAGAUAUAUUUUGGAUCCAUCCUCAUUUCAUCAAUUUGUUCAACAAGUUUCCUACUGUUCUCAUCAUUGAUUCAUUGUACAAAACCAACAAGUACAAACGUCCAUUAUUGGAGAUGGUUGGUGUUACCUCUACUGAGAAGACUUAUUCUAUUGGGUUUGCAUUUCUAGAGAGUGAAAAAGAGGAGAAUGUUCCUUGGGCCUUAGAGGUGUUUCGGGAAAUGUAUCACAUAACAAAGAAUGUGAGAAGUCGUGUUAAACCCACGGUAGGGAAGAAACAGAUAAAGGUCGAAGAUGGAAAAAUGGAAGGUGUGAGUGAAAUAUCUUGA